AUGGCAUCGCAGCCCUUUCCUUUUUCUCUUUUCGACACACAACCCGAGCAGCAGCAGCAGCAACAGCAACAGAUGCUGUUGCAGCAGCAGCUGCAGCAGCAGCAGCAGCAGCAGCAGCAGAUACACCCGUUUUACUGUCCGAGCUUUACAGGGAGCGCAUCAUCUCCUCCCCAAGCAGCAGCAACAGCAGCAGCAGCAGCUGCUGCUGCUGUUGCUGAUGGCCCGCCGGACUUACCUUGGGACAGCAGCAGCAGUAGCAACAACAACAGCAGCAGCAACAACAACACCAGCAGCAGCAGCAGCAGCAGCAGCAGCUGCUGCAGAUACACAGUAAGCGGCUCCACUGCUGCUCUCCUCGCCCACUGCAGCGGAUGCGAGCCGAAAGCCAACAGAAUUGAAGACGCGUUGCUUCUUGUGCUGCGGCUAGAGACGCAGCAGCAGCAGCAGCAGCAGCAGCAGCAGCAGCAACCCAAUGCACUCGACGAUCUGCUGCAGUGGAGGUUCGUGCUGCUGCAGGUCGGGGGCAACUUCGCCAAGUACUUGAGCGUCCUGCUGACAGAGGGAGAUGAGCUGCUGCUGCAGCAGGCAUUUGUCUUGCCUCUCUCUGCUACUGCCUGGGCCUACAAAUCUCUGCAGCGAAAGGCAUUGGAAAUAUGGGGACCGGGGGGCCCCCCUUUCGUUGGAUCGGCUGCUGCUGCUGCUGGGCAGCAGCAGCAGCAGCAGCAUCCGCAGCAGCAGCAGCAAGGCGUGCCUGAGUGGCUGCAGGAGGGAAUGCUCUGCAGCACGAGUCUUCUUGUCCUUGUUGAUGAUAUCCCGUGCCUGAGUGGCUGCAGGAGGGAAUGCUCUGCAGCACGAGUCUUCUUGUCCUUGUUGAUGAUAUCCCCGAGGCUGCGUAGCAACAGCAGCAGCAGUAGUAGCACUAGCAGCAGCAACAGCAGCAGCAACAGCAGCAGCAGCAGCAGUAGCAGCGAAAACAGAAGGAGUAGCAGCAGCAGGAGUACCAGUAGCAGCAGUAGAAGCAGCAGCACUAUGACCAGCAGCAGUAGCAGUAGCAGCAGCAGCAGCAGUAGCAACAGCAGCAGCAGCAGCAGUAGUAGCACUAGCAGCAGCAACAGCAGCAGCAGAGUAGUAGCACGAGCAGCAGCGACAGCAGCAGCAGCAGCAGUAGUAGCACUAGCAGCAGCAACAGCAGCAGCAGCAGCAGCAGCAGCAGGAAGAAUGUACGCGUAUCUGUUGAUAUUUCUGCUGCUGCAGGUACACGUGAAACCCCCAGGACAGAGCAAGGGUUUGCUGCUGAAUGGUUUUUGCUUUCGCUUGGCUUGUGGGGUGUUGAGGCCGCCGCAGUGGGUGCAGCAGCGGCUGCCUCGUGCGCUGCUGCAGCACCUCAUGCCACAGCUGCAGCAGCAGCAGCAGCAGCAGCAGCAGCAGCAAGAAACUGAUGCAGAAGAGCCUGCUGCCUUGGCGGCAGCAGGCGAACAUACGCAGCAGCAGCUGCAGCAGCAGCAGCAGCUGCAGCAGCAGAGAUUGAGGGCAGCAAGGCAGCACGUGUAUACUCCUCUUUCUCAUAUACAGAAAAGUGACGUGGUUGAUGUCUACUGCGUGUACUGGGAGAUGCGAAGAGCGCCUCAAGAAACCGACACGGCGUGCUAUAUGAACGUUCGGGUUGUCGAUGAUUCUCUCCCCGUGCCCCUGGAGCGCCACAAGGCAGCUGAGUUCAGCCUGCAGCUGCACCUCAAGGAGGGGGGUGGAGGCAAGUUCUUUGGGGAUUUGUUUCCUACCUGGGCGACGGCGGUUAGGGUUUGGGGGCCCCUGGGGCCCCGGGCCCUACAAAAGGAAGAAACCCUAAACCCUCAGCAGAAGCAUCAGGCCUUGCUUAGCCGCAUGAGGGUUACAGGGGAGAGAGGAAAGACCAGCUCCUUUGGUGAUGUUGACGUCGCCAUUAUACACUCCCUAAACCGCUUCAUCAACAACAUCUUCUGUACAGACACCGUCUUUACUUCGCGCUACACCGCGGACUUGAGGACCCUCUACCGCAGGGGCGAGGGAGCUUUUGGAGACGUCGUUGUUAGGCUCACUCGGCUACCCCUUUGGUGUGCUGACGUGGUGGAGCGGCGCGCCCUUCUAAGAGAAUCAAAACGCAAGCUGCAGCAGUUCCGGCAGCAGCAGCAGCAGCAACAGCAACAUCUGCAGCAGCAGCAGCAGCAGCAUCUCCUGCAGCAGCAGCAGCAGCAGCAAGAACAACAGAACCUGCUGCAGCAGCAGCAUAUGGAUGAUCUGAUCGAUGAGGCUUAUGUGGAUACAUUGCCCACAAAUCAGCAGCAGCAACAGCAACAGCAGCAGCAGCAGCAGCAGCAGCAACCGUCGCUGCAGCAUCAGCACGGGCUGCAGCAGCAACAACAUAUGCAUGCAGCUGGUGGUAACGGGCCUAUUAAUCCUCAGGAGCAGAAGCAGCAGCUACUGCAACAUGAACAGCAGCAACUGCAGCAGCAACAACAGCUGCAGCAGCAACAGCUGCAGCAGCAGCUGCAGCAGCAACUGCAGCAGCCGCAGGGAACUCCUCCUUCUCUUUGUUUUUCUUUUGCUGCUCCGCAGCACCACAGAGGCUUUGGAGCGGUAGCUCGUACCAGCCGCGAACUCUCGCUUAUUGCUGCCGAGCAGGCAACGCGGGGCCCUGGCUUCACCGUCCUGCUGGAGGGGGUUUCUCUCUGGGGCUUUGCUGCAGCACGAAACCUCGAUGCUGCUGACCCUUGUACUUGGAUUGCUGCUGCAUGCGUUGCAUGCGGAGCAGCAGCACAACGUAUCUUCAGCAGCAGCAACAACACAGGCUGCUGCAGUGCAUGCGGCCAUGAAGACCUCUUGCUUAGCUACGACCUGCCGCUGCUGCUGCUGGAUGAGGAGGACGUUGUGGUGUCUGUACACCUCAGGGACCCCCACGGUUGUAUGUUCUCUCCCAUCAACGACGGAGGCAUUGCGCCCCCCGCUUCGUUGCUGCGGCCGGAGGUGAGGGGGUUGCUGCUGUCUCUGUUUAGGGGUUUAGCUUACCCCUAUCAGCUGCAUACUCUAUCUGCCCCUGAUGGCUCCACCAGCAGCAGCAGCAGCAGCAGCAGCAGCAGCAGCAGCAGCAGCAGCAGCAGGAGAGAGAGGAGGCGGCAUUCGUUGCUGCUGCGGCUAAUUCAGCAGCAGCAAACGGGGGCACCGCAGUGGGUGGUGGUGGAGCCAACCCUCGUGAGCUCUUCUUUUUAG